AUGUUAUUACUGUACAUCUGGACACCAAGGAUCUUUGGCAACAGUCUAACGCAGGAGCUCCAGGGUGUUGGAAAUACACUUAAAAGACAUUACGAGACUUACCUUCUGGAGUAUGAAUUAGCUCAUGAUGAUGUAGACGGAGAGUGCUGUUUAUUGUGUCACAGUAGCGCCGCAGGGGAUUGGGUGAACUGUGGUAUAUGUGGUGAGUGGGCCCAUUUUGGCUGCGAUAGAAGGCAGGGUCUUGGUGCCUUCAAGGAUUAUGCAAAAACAGAUGGACUGGAAUACAUAUGUCCACAGUGCAGCAUUUCAAAUUUUAAGAAGAAAAUGCAGAAAACUACAAAUGGAUACUCUUGAGGCUCAACAGUUUCAUUACUAAAUUGAAUGGAAUUUUUUUUAUCUUGAUUGUUUAAAAAUUAUAUCCUUCCUCCACAGGGUAGUUUUUCUACCACUUCAUCCAUAUGGAAAUUUGUCGCUUAUUGGGUGAGUCUUCAUAUUGGUGUCGCUUUGGCUUUCUGUCAAAGGGUCAUCCCUGACACGAAGAGGGGGAAGGUUGUGAAGAAAAUGGAGAAAGAAAGCGUACAAUUUGCAGGCACUGACGUACAGAAUGGGGUUCCCCUUGGUGGUGGUUAGGUUUUUUUUUUUCUCCCUUUGAAAUCUUAUAUAGUAGAGAGGAAGGGGGAAACCCAUUUACUGAAAAGGGUUCUGUAAUAUAAAUCUUUUAUUGUCAUAACCUUUGUAGCUGUUGUAGCUUUAUAGAAAAAAUUAUUUCGAGUUCCUUCUAA